AUGACACCCAAGAACCUCCGCGAACGUCUCCCGCGAAACUCGGCGGGAAAACGCAUUACUCGGCACCUGCUUCGAGCGAAUAGGCUAGGCGUAAUGUACGGCAGAGCCAACCGCCGGUUUCAAAUUAGCCCGACCCAUAUUAACGCGAAAACCAUUCAUGCGCCAGUCUAUCCGCGGACCCCUAAGAGAUAUGGAAUUCACCGACAGCGAUGUACCGUUUCAGUCGCAAUUUCCGCUCGCCGCAUGCGACGCGAGGAAUAUUCCGCUGCAAACGUUCAGUGGCAGUUGGGGAGAUUGGAUCACCCCCGCGCCUACCGGUACCGCCGGCGACUCGAAUAUCCCACGGCACUGCAAACAUAUGCUAUGAUCGCGGUCACCAAAUUCAUCUCCACCGUGUGUUCGAGGACUAACGUCUACCAAGGCCCGGACGAACUACUCAUGGAAGCAAAACCAUCGCACUGGAGGAACGGGUCCGCCCGUGAACUUCUCGGUUUGGAACGACGCUUUGAUGAAAGUAUAACAGCGGCAUCUUCCCUCUUCGCACAAGUGGUAAGUCCAUGGAUGGGAAGGGACUGGACUGGUGCUAGCGCUGAUAGUCCGGUGGACGUUCAAGGAUUACCCGGCAAUGGUCUCAAGUAUUCUCCCGACAUUAUUCGUGGAACUAUUUGGGGCACCUUUGCUAGUCACGUUGAGAUUGAGUGCCCUUCGAUCGACCUACCGCCGCGGGAGAAUAGCGAGGUUUGGAUAUCAAUAGCGAGCCAAUUACUUGAUUUUAAAUCAAAUGCCCACGCACGUAUCACACUCCUUCAAAUCGAACAAGAAAUCUGCCUAGCGGCGUUAAAUCGCCAGAAAGGCCAGUGGGCGGCGAACCGCGCGGAAUUGCAGGGCAUCACCGGUGGUAUGUGGUACUUGGCGCGGAUCGAACGAUAUUUCGAGUGUGUCGUUAGAUCUGGACUCAAGAUGUUCCUGAACCAGAACAUGCUACCAAAAGUAGGCGACGUACCGCGUAGGUAG